AUGUCCCCCUCGGGCACAGCCCUGCCAUCCCCACGCGGCAGCGCCCCAGAUGGCCCUCCCAGGCUGUGCCGAAGGGGCGGGGAGGCCCGCGGGCGCAGCACCGCUCCGGCGCGCGGGGCCACACCUGCCCGCACGCCGGAGCGGCUCAGCCCCGCAUGCAAACAUGGCCGCGCUCCGGCCACCUUCGCGUUAAGGACGCAGACAGACGGACGCCGCCAGGGCACCUGCUGGUCACUGAUCAGCAGCAGCUCGUCCCGGACUGGCGCCCAGUUCCACCGCAAGGACCCCGCUGGGGGCUCGGCCCCAGUCAAGAACCCGGUGGCGGCGGAUGGUCCCGCCUCCUGCCUCCCUCGGAACGUGCUCAGCGAGAGGGAGCGCAGGAAGCGGAUCUCGGUGAGCUGCGAGCGCCUGCGGGCCCUGCUGCCGCAGUUCGAGGGCCGGCGGGAGGACAUGGCCUCGGUCCUGGAGAUGUCGGUGCUGUUCCUGCGGUUCGCCAGCCCCGCGGCGCCCGGUGGGGAGCAGCAGGCUGUGAAGGCUGUCGUCCCUCCCUCCGAGGACGUGUGGUGGCACAGGUGGCAGGAGGACGUUCUGCAGCUGGCCCUGGCGCAUCAGAGCCCCGCAAGCGCCCCGGGCCCCGGGAAGGGAGCACCUGUGACCAUGCAGCAGGACCCCCCGAGCUGUGUGACCACAGGUGGGGACCGGGGCAAGGCCCCCACGGCGGGGGCCGAGGUGCGGAGCAGGCCAGCAGCACCCCCUGGGCCGUGUGGCCUGGCGCCACGGACCCCAGGCCCGAAUCCCUCCAAGGUCCUGAGGGCGCCCCCGGCCUGGCCUCCCUGCUCUCGGCAGCCAGCCGCCCCGCUGAUGAGCGGAGAGGCUCAGAGCUGCCUGGGCCAGGCCGGGCCCCUGGCCGAGGGCACCGACCAGGCUGUGCCGCCAGGCACCAGGUGCAUGCCGGCGUGUGACGUGGAGGACGGGCUGUCCUUCCCGCUGACCGCCAGUCCUGACUGGUGGCUGGGGUCCCUGGAGGGCAGAGCCAACGGUGCCCUCGCUCAGGCCCCGGCCAGGAGCAGCCCGCUGGACAGGACGGAGCCGGGCUUCCUGGCGGACCCCGAGCCCGGCUCCCAGGAGCUCCCGGACGGCGCCCUGGAGGCGUGGGGCUGGGACAUGGGCUGCGCCAGCCUGGCCCUUCGGGAUGAAGGGGAUGGCAUCUUCCCCGACUUCUUGGCCUACUAGGCAGCCAGGGCCGGGCCUCGGGAGCGGCGUGUGCACGCGGGGGAGGGGGGCAGGGGGCGUUUCACCGCGGGCUCGGCUGCAUCUGUGCUGCGGUGCGCGGGGCUGAGCACUAAAGGGAAGAACUGC